GGUCCUGUCGGCGAAGACAUGUUUCAUUGGCAAGCUACUAUUAUGGGACCUCCUGACAGUCCCUAUCAGGGCGGCGUAUUUUUCCUGACUAUUCAUUUCCCUACAGAUUAUCCCUUCAAACCACCCAAGGUCGCCUUUACGACGAGAAUUUAUCACCCAAAUAUAAACAGUAAUGGCAGCAUCUGUUUGGAUAUAUUGAGAUCACAGUGGUCUCCAGCAUUAACUAUCUCUAAAGUCCUUUUGUCCAUUUGUUCUCUGUUAUGUGACCCGAAUCCCGACGACCCGCUAGUGCCAGAGAUCGCCCGCAUCUACAAAACAGACCCUGUGAGGUACAACAAGACGGCUCAGGACUGGACUCAGAAAUACGCCAUGUGAUCUGCCUCCUGCUGUUUUCUCAUGUGGCCACGCCCCCCUCUCAUCCACUUGUAACAGCAAUUUGUUCACCUUUCCUUCCCGUCCCAUCCUUUGAUUUUUAUCGCUUGUCAGUUUGGGUUUUUUCUGCUUUCCGGGUGAAGGGCUGAGACUCUGAGCCGUCAACGUGCCAACUGAGAAACCAGGAAGCAGAGCGGACUCACUGCUCCUGCAGAUGAGACCGCUUUUUAAAAAAAAAGAAGAAGAAGGCUUUUUGGUUUCUUUUGUUUUUAGACCGUUAGAGCCGUUAGUUCAUCCAUCAUCCAACACUGUCGUCCUCUUUUUGCACUGGAACACAAACCGAGCUCCCCGCGGCUGAUCGAUCAACUAAUAGCUCCGUGAUGGUUUUUCUCAAUAAAGCUGAACAAAUUGCA